GCCCCCAAAAGCCGGUUUCUCCUAGGGCUCCGUUUCAGUUCCAGCAAUCUCUCUCUCUCUCUCUCUCUCUCUCUCUCUCUCUCUCUCUCUCUCUCUCUUUGUGUAUUGGUGAUCGAAGGAGACUUACCGGAGGACCCUUUGCUGGAGACUGCGUUGUGUCGCCGGAAAAGUUGUAUCUUUCGGUGUCGACCUGAUUUGGGCUGUUUCUGGGUUUCGUUGUUUUGAUUGUGGUUGGAUUUAGGGUUUUGUAUCUGGUGUGACGUUGGUUUUGAUGGACGAGGGAUUGGUCGACGAUAUAAUAAAGAGGUUGUUGGGGGCGAAGAACGGGAGAACGACGAAGCAGGUGCAGCUGACGGAAGCGGAGAUACGGCAGGCGAAGCAGGUCUUCCUUAGCCAGCCGAAUCUUCUAGAACUUGAGGCUCCUAUUAAGAUCUGUGGAGAUAUUCAUGGGCAGUUCUCUGAUCUUCUGAGGUUAUUUGAGUAUGGUGGUUACCCACCAGCUGCCAACUAUUUGUUCCUUGGGGACUAUGUAGAUCGUGGAAAACAGAGCGUAGAAUCCAUAUGCCUCCUUCUUGCCUACAAGAUCAAAUACAAAGAGAACUUCUUUCUUCUCAGAGGGAAUCAUGAGUGCGCCUCUAUAAACCGCAUAUAUGGAUUUUAUGAUGAAUGCAAAAGGAGAUUUAGUGUACGUAUAUGGAAGACAUUUACCGACUGCUUUAACUGUCUGCCUGUUGCUGCCCUUGUUGACGAAAAGAUCCUCUGCAUGCAUGGUGGGCUAUCCCCUGAGUUGAAGAACUUGGAUCUGAUCCGGAACAUUGCUCGUCCUAUUGACAUUCCUGACAAUGGACUACUAUGUGAUCUCUUGUGGUCUGAUCCCGAUAAGGACAUGGACGGAUGGGGAGAGAAUGACAGAGGUGUGUCUUUUACAUUUGGGGCUGAUAAGGUAGAGGAGUUCCUCCAAGAGCAGGACCUUGACCUAAUCUGCAGAGCUCAUCAGGUAGUGGAAGACGGUUACGAGUUCUUUGCAAAUAGGCAGCUAGUGACCAUAUUCUCUGCCCCAAACUAUUGUGGAGAAUUUGAUAACGCGGGCGCAAUGAUGAGCGUGGAUGAUUCCUUGACCUGCUCGUUUCAGAUCCUCAAGGCAUCCGAAAAGAAAGGGAAGCCUGGAUUCGGCAAGAAUGCAUCUAGGCCCGGAACUCCGCCUCGCAAGGGUGGGAAAAGUUGAGAUCAAAAUCAAGCCACAUUACACUUGGUGGGUUUCAUGUUUCUCGGCUCUGGAUGUGAACUCGUUUGGGAAAAAAUCCACAGCCGUCAACAGUUCAAUUGCUGGAUCACUCUAACUUCAUGAUCGACCGGUCAAGGGUAUCUCUGUCUUUUCCUUUCCAGAUUGAAGUUUCUGACUUAGGUUUUAGUUUAUCCAAUGGGAUUUGUCGUGUCUUGUCUUUAGAUUCUCACUCGUGGUGCUUUAUGAACAGCAAUGAAAAGCUUUUUGUGGGUUUUAAACAAACUCCCAAAAAGCUUCAUUUGUGAUGGUUUUGUUACGAAAGUUUCGGCCUUUUCCCCAUUACUCGUGAAAUAUUAUGCCAUAUGUACAUGAUGAAAUCUUGCUUUCUCCACAAUUAUUACGGAAUGCAGUGUUAGUGUUUCUGCACAAA